CCGUGGCAGCGGUGUACAGUGGCAUGGCAGACUGCAGUAAAUACACUGUUGAAGAGGCGGGGUUUGACAUCUCGGCUCUGAAAACGUCUCUAAUCCAGCAUUUCAGGUGGCGAAAUCGACCGAGCGACCAUUGCUCACUACCGCCGCGCCUCCGCGAACUGCAGCAGAGCCGCACGCCUCUGUAAACCGGAAUAUACCGCAAGUGGACAGAAGCGGCUGCUGAAUCCGAAGUGGGAUUUCUGAGAGAGAGAGAGAAAGAGAAAGAGGGAACCCUGCAGAAGUCAGAGAGAGUUGAAGUUUCAGCGGCGUGAAAGACAACACUUUGUCUCCUGGUUUGGUGUUUGAGUUGAGUCGCCUGCUUACCAAGCGACUCUCUCAGUUUCCUUCCACCGAAACUCCAGCAAAAAUACUUCAGCUCUUGUUCUCACUGGAGGAUAAUACCGCACUUUUGGGUUAGUUUUCUCCCGUAGCCCAUCUGUGUUUGCUGUCCAGCCUGGAUAAAACCUCACUGUGGAUGAUCCUCUAAGAGGCACAGUUGACUGCAGCUGAAUAUCUUUCGUAACAUGUGGCACAAUUUGCGUACAAGUCUGCAAGUCCUUUUGAAGCUGAUGUGAAGCUUUCAAGACAACAAGAUGACUGAGGCAUGUGCCUCCGUCAAAACUCCCCUGCUCAGGCCGCUGAUCAUCAGAGGAUUCCCAAGACAAAGACUUGGAUUGUAAUUUUUUUGUGUUGACUUUUUUUUUUUUUUUUUUUUUUUUUUUUUUUUUUUUUUUUUGGAAAAGCCUUUGAGUAGCAGAUAAAGUAAAAGGACCUUCUACAUGAGCAGCAAUAACUAAACUAAAAGCCCAUGUGUAGCAGGGCAGCUGCUGCAGCUCAGGGAAUAACUUAGCCCCAGACUUGAGUUGGGGAGUCACUCCUUCAGGGGCCGAGGGACCUGAUCCGAGCACCCUGCUCCCCUGUCAUUUUCUGACUAUCCCACCUGUCUAAAGGCAGAGCCCACUAUCCAAUGGCAUGGGUCAAGUUCUUCAGGAAGCCAGGGGGCAAUCUGGGGAAAUCGUACCAGCCGGGGAGCAUGCUGUCUCUGGCCCCCACCAAAGGACUGCUGAACGAACCGGGCCAGAACAGCUGCUUCCUCAACAGUGCUGUGCAGGUACUUUGGCAGCUGGACAUCUUCAGACGCAGCUUGAGGCAGCUACCUGGACACUUUUGUCUGGGAGAAUCAUGCAUCUUUUGUGCAUUAAAGGGUAUUUUCUCCCAGUUCCAGCACAGUCGGGAGCGCGCCCUGCCCUCUGACAACCUGCGUCACGCCUUGGCAGAGACCUUUAAGGACGAGCAGCGCUUCCAGCUGGGCUUCAUGGACGAUGCCGCAGAGUGUUUUGAGAACAUACUGGAAAAGAUCCACCUGCACAUUGUGCCGGAGGAGUCCGACUCCUGCACUUCCAAGUCGUGCAUCACUCAUCAGAAGUUUGCUAUGUCACUUUAUGAGCAGUCUGUGUGCCGUAGCUGUGGAGCAUCCUCCGACCCGCUGCCGUUUACAGAGCUGGUGCAUUAUGUCUCAACCACCGCACUCUGUCAACAGAUGCUUCAUCGCAGACGCGAGUCAUUUGGGGAACUGUUGCAAGCAGCAAGUACGAUAGGGGACCUUCGUAACUGUCCAAGUAACUGUGGACAGAGGAUUAAGAUCAGACGGGUCCUAAUGAACUCCCCUGAGAUAGUCACCAUAGGCUUCGUCUGGGACUCUGACCAGUCAGACCUCAGAGAGGAUGUUAUCAAAUCCCUCGGGCCUCAUCUCAGUCUUUCUGCACUCUUCGACAGGGUGACAGAUGAGCAUGCCAAAAAGGGAGAACUGCAGCUCGUGGGGAUGAUCUGCUACUCCAGCCGCCACUACUGUGCCUUCGCCUACCACACCAAGUCGUCCAAAUGGGUCUUCUUUGACGAUGCCACAGUGAAGGAGAUUGGCUCCAGGUGGAAAGAUGCUGUCAGCAAAUGUAUCAAAGACCACUUCCAGCCUCUCCUCCUCUUUUACUCCAACCCUGAAGGCAGCGCGAUCACUGCAGACUAUGCCUCAAGACAAAACAACAGCCAGUCGCAAUACAAGACCCCAGUCAAUGGAGAGGUGCAAGUCUCGGAGUCUCCAACUUUAGCCCCCAAGAAGAUGGACCUCACCAGGGAGAAUCUGAAUGCUCUGCUGGGUCAAGGGUCUCUCAAAAAGACCCCUUCAACCUUCAGCAGGGGCAGUGCUCAGACCAGUGGAGGACGGGGACCAGUGAAAGUUGGCGCCGGCGAUCCCAAGAGUCACCUCAGGGACAUUUCUCGAGAAGCUGCCCAGAGAGCAGGGGAGGUGCGUGGGAUGCAUCCACCUAGAAGAGAGCCUGACAGGAGCGGCCAGCGGAGAGUGGAGUCGCGCUACAGAGAUCCAGGUCAGGACAGGACCUACUCCCGCUCAGCCUCCCCUCCAGAGAAUGGCUUCAAACAACACCUGGAAACUCGACUGUACAGCAGCCAAGGAAAAGGUCCCACUCGGACUGAGCGAAUACCCUACCUUGGCGGACGGUCCUCGCAUGAGCCCCCUCGCUCUCACUUGAGGGUUCAAGUGUUGCCCAGCGUGCCCAGCAACAACGGCGGUCAUCACAGCCGGAGAUUAGACCAGCUCUCCAAUGGUUAUGAUACUGACAGCAGCCAAGACUCCAGAGAGCGUUCCGGAAGUGGAGGGAACAGCCGCAGCAGGAACAGUCGCCCGUGGAAGCCCAUGCGGGAGGCCCUUAACGUUGACAGCGUUUUAAGCGGCAGUGGUGAUAAUGUGAUGGCUCAAGAGCGAAGGCAGCACAGCCCCCGGAGAAGAACCAGUAGUCAGUCGCCCUCCCGUGACCGUGAACAGGACCCAGAUUUUACAUGGGGAGGCAGAGAAGAACGCAAGCCCAAGAGCUUAAUGACCAUCUAUGAGGACGAGCAGAGGCAUGAAACUGGAGGCAGCCGGAGCUCGCUGGACUCGGAUUGCCGAGGUGGAUGCAUUGACAAGGACCGAUCAAAGAGUUCAGCAACUCUGAAAGUGCGGAAUGACAACUGGAAGAUCCAGCGAACUGAAUCUGGAUAUGAAAGUAGUGAUAGACUAAGCAAUGGCUCAGCAAAUCUUGACUCGCCUGUAGUCGAGAACCUCUCUUCUAAGGACCUGCGGCCAAUACCUGACCUGCACCUGACAAGGGAUCACUUCCCUCAGAGAAGAAGUGAUGAUUUGAAGGCUGACAUUUUGCACUCUACAUUUUCCACUGGUGAACAAGGAAGCAAAUCCCCAGAAGACCCAAAGAUCCUCUCUGGUCAGCCAGUACACAGAAGAAGAGCCUUCCGAUACACUCCUGGGAUCUUGGACAAAAACAAUGGUCUUGACAGCGGACAAGAGGAAAAUGUGGAUGGCAGUCCUGUGAGCCCUGUGUCUCCCUACUUAGCAAAGACCAGCAGUUCUGAGUGGAACAGCUCUGAUGACCUUGCUGGGCCUUUCUCUGAACAGGAAGAGACUGGCCCCGUUGCCCACUAUGACCCUCGCUCGCACAACUAUCCCCCACCUUUACCCCUGAAGACCUUUGUCGGCAGCAGUCACGCCGACCCAUCUGGUGUCCAUUCCCAACCGCCUGAGGUUCCAACUCGAUCGAGCCCCCGCAACGAACCCAAAAAUGGCCUGUCCCCUCUCUCGCACACAACCCUUCGUCGGUGGAUUGAGACACCAGCCGAGCACAGGCUUUCAUCAGAUGCCAGCUCGAAGUCAGGGUCAUCGGAUCAGGACAGGAACGAUCUGUCGGCCAGCGAGAGUGACGAGAGGUUGCCCAGUCCAAAGCCUGGACACGAUGAUGAUACAGACUCCCUUGGUCUGACAGAAAUGGUUCUUCCCACAACCUACUUUUCUGUGGAUAACUGUAUGACAGACACUUACCGGGCCAAAUACCAUAGGAGGCCUCCCUUGUACCUGAAGGUAGAAGAUCAUACGUCAUCAGGGGAGAGUGAUGUUGAAGGGAGGGGCCUCCCUUUGCCAGAUGUUCAGCCACCAGAGCCUUCCAAAAGCAGAUCAGAAUCAGGAUAUUCUACAACGAAAACUACUGCAAAGUGGAACCCAGUUACUCCAAAAACGCUUGAUGAGCAUGGUUUCCUUUGAUUUUAGCAAAAGCAUCAAUAGACCUUGAUAUGAUCCAGUGAUCAGAUGCCAAAAGGAAUUGUUAUGCACUAUGGCUGCUACACAGUUUGACUCCUAACUAGGAGGACUUGGAGGAUCUGAUUAUUUUAUGCUUGUCAAAGUGGAAAGGAAGUGCACAUGAAACCGGAUGCCAAAGAAAUUGAAAAAGAAUGAAAGUUGUUCUUAAAAUCUAUCUUGCUGUUUAGGUAUGAACUACUAAAAAACUUUGAAUGUGAAUUUGCACAAUAGAGAGCAGGUACAGAGAGGAAACAGGCAUUUGCUGUUGAUCAUAUUUGGACUUUUGAAGUUCAAAAACCAAAGGGUUGAGUUUGUAAAGAAUGUUUCACAAAAAAAGCCACUUUACCACACAAGAGAUUAUCUUACAUGAAGAAAUAACCAAUGUCUUGCUGUUCUACUUUCUCUCACUUCAUGCAAUGUGCUUUUGUUUGUUUAACUACUCCCAUUUCAGUGUUAUGAAGUGUCUGUCCCAACUCUGUUAUACAUAUAACUGUACAGUGGGUUUUAAAUGCUUUAUAUAAUAUUCAAAAUAUUUUUUUUUGUCGAUUUUGGAAGUUAAGUCAACACAUUUUGGGCAUGUUUUUGGCACAACAUAAAAAUGGAUCCCAAGGAUCUUUGUCAAUAUGAUGCUCCAGGACACCCACACAGGUUUUUGGCUGAUGAGACCAGUUUGUAGGGCUGUAAGGGCAGGAAAACGGAGAACCUCAAGAUUCUUGUUGCUGUGUGGAGUUUAUUGACCUCGGCACAAAAAACACGUGAAAGUCUUUUCUUUGUCCUUUUGUCAAACUUCAACCAGAGGAGGUCUGAUAUCCCAAAAUAUGUCCGACCACCAGUGUCAGUGUCCAGGGGCUAUAAGGCAAAAGGUAAAUCCGCUAAAUUGGUGGUUUUUUGGUUGAAAAGUAUGUGGCACAUAAAAGCGAGACAUGUUCUUAGCUCCUCACUUUUGCACCUGCACACAUCCCAUCAUUCUUAAUAUAUUCACUUUGUUUUUCAACUGUAUUGCCUGGUUGAUUAUUUCUCUUUUAUCACUCCUUACUGUCAUAAACUUCAUUAUUUGUCUUUAGACAAGUUAGUUAUUCAGUUUUCUAUCCAGUUUCAGAAAAAAUAGCACCUCUUAGCAGCAAGUCUGCUCUGAUAUGACAUCUAGAGUCAGAGGUGGUUACUAAUAACAGGCUGUCAAUCUGAGUGGUAUACUUUUUUUUUGUUUCAAAUGUUUUAUAUAUGCAGCAGACUCUAAUGCAGUGCCUUUUGUAUUUUUCUAUGUCAUGACAAGGAUAAAUUGGAGCCACGAUUUGUACAAUUCUUUGAUUUUAAAGAAUUUUUGUAACGUUUAAUUUUAUUUUUAUUGAUUAACAAUUGUUGAAUAAACAAUUUUAUUUAAUCAUCA